AUGAACUUCCAGGUGACAGGCCUGGGCCUGGACAGGAUGAAACUAGACAGUCCUCGGGCGUUCCUGGAGCCGGAGGAGGUAGAGGAGGCGGAGGGCAGGCAGCUCCUGGAGCCAGAGGCCUGGAGGACUUAUGUGGAGCGCCGCAGCGGGCUGCGGGAGUUCCUCAUCUCUGAGCUGAGCCCGCAGCUCCUCAAGCGGCACCACGCCCGCCUGGAGCUCCUGCAGAAGUGCUCCUACCACAUUGAGAUCCUGCCCAAGCACCUGGCCCUGGGUGACCAGAACCCACUGGUGCUGCCCAACACCAUGUUCCAGCUCAUUGACCCCUGGAAGUUCCAGCGCAUGAAGAAGAUAGGCACAGCGCAGACCAAGAUCCAGCUGCUGCUGCUCAGUGACCUUCUGGAGCAGCUGGACUGGGGCCGCGCCCAGCUGGACGCCCUGCUCGAGUCACCUGACCCUCGGCCCUUCCUGACUGGCUGGGGGCGCGUGGAACGGCAGCUGAUGGACCUGGCAGCCAUCAUGGACAACUUCCUGGCCAUGAUGGUGCCCGGACGGCUGCACAUCAAGCAUCGGCUGGUGUCGGAUGUUGGUGCCACUAAGGUCCCCCACAUUCGACUGAUACUGAGCACCAAGAUGCCGGUCAUGUUUGACCGCAAGGAGUCGGUGGCCCACCAGGACUGGGCCAGCCUGCACUGGUUCGUCACCAUCCAGCCAUCUGCACCGGAGCAGUUUGAGCUGCGCUUCAAGCUGCUGGAGCCGCAGACCCAGCAGGAGUGCAUGCAGUGUGGCCUCAUCCCUGUCACAGCCUGCUCCUUCAACGUCCGCAACCUGCUGCCCAACCGCACUUACAAGUUCACCAUCAAGAGAGCCGAGAGCUACACCCUGGUCUACGAGCCCUGGUGGGACAGCCUCACCCUGCACACCAAGCCAGGGCCCCCCGAAGGGGCUCAUCCCCUGCUAGCUGGGCCACUCCGCCCAGCCCCCAACCGCACCUUCUGA